GGGGAAGAGUUACAAUAGGUACUACUCUCAGGGCGACUUGCACGAAUGGGACGCAAGAUCACCAAAGAUCUGGCAUUGUUAGUCCGGGAUACGUGAUAUCAGGAAACAAAUAGCCGUGCUGCCGGGUGCGUUGGUUCCACCAACCCAAGGGACGUCGGUAAGGCUCAGCGAUGUAUGCGAGGAGCAUCGGACCGUAUACAAUCUAGACUUACCCCGACGAGUAUAGCCCUAGUUUUCCAAAGAUUCGUUUGAUAUCAAUAUUCUGGCAAGCACUAGUCUACAUAUAUAUAUCACUUUCCUAUUUAUAAUACUCCGUUAUCCCCUUAAUAACUGAUCGUUCAGUAUACUCAAUCCUAUAACUUCAACAAUCAAUUCCAAGCAUUCAUAAUGCGUCUAUUAGCCAUCCUUCUAGCCGGUCUGGCUGCCGUUGCAUUGGCGGCGCCUGUUGAGGCUCCUACCGAGUUGAGCGAGCGUCAGUACAGGCCCACGUACAAGGUACACGCAGCACUCGAGGGCAAAGUAGUCGAUGCGGAAAAGCGUCAAUACAGGCCUACGUACAAAGUCCACGCGGAGCUCGAAGGGAAAGAGGCCGUCGAUAAGCGUCAAUACAGACCUACUUACAAGGUUCACGGAGAAUUGGAAGGAAAGGAAACUGAGUAAAUGGAGUGGGAUUGCUAGAUGUAGUACCGAGGGGUCGGUCCACCGACGUAAUCCGGAUCGCACUAUUGAGUACACACGUCGAAUAGUGUUUAUAUUUAGAGCCAAUCUGAUCUAAUAAUGGCUUUCAUAGAAGUCUCUGUACGUGGGGUGAUGUGGUGAUGUUUUGCAGUUCGGCCAUUAAAUUUGAUUGGGGACGACGAUUGGUUAACGCGAGAAAGGGGGCAUAACUACCUACCUAGGUACCUAACUUUAGAAAAGCCACGUCGGUAGUAUUUCAC